CUUGAGCCGUUUCCACAACAACAGAGGCAUCGCCCCACUACCCUUCUCUCCACAUACAGACGCACUUCCUAUUAUUUUAUUUUAAUACCAUUCUCAUUUCUUAUCGAGUUGGUCAACCGCUGCAAGACAAAUCCUUUGUCAGAUUAUGUGUUUUGGAAGUAGUUCUAGAUUCUCUCCACCCUCUGUUUUCUCUGUUUGAAAUCUCUUCUACCAUUAGGGAAGAGUUCUGAGCCCUCUGACCAAGUGACACUGCGUGCACAGUUGACGAAUCGCGAGGGAGUAGAAGAAUCUACCAUUUUCUCUUUCUCGGCGAAGUUGGAUUCUGGGUACUUCAUUGUUUUUCAACUUCUUAUCCCACCGUCAACGGAGCUGGGACGAUCUAGUUCCUUUUGUUAAGUGGAAACUAAUUUUGUCUUCAUAAGUGGCAGUGAGAGAGAUACCCCACAUCUUUCUUUUUCCGUUUCAUUGUUUGCAUAUUCUUGCAUCUAGUCAUCUUCUUUUCUUUUUGUGAACAAUCAUAUCCUCAUAAUAUUAAAAUUUUUUCCUGCUUUUGCUUUAGCUCUGAUUUUCAUAAAGUGGGAUUGGAAUCUGCAGAUGGCUGUUGUGAGAAAUAUUUGCAAAGAUUUUUACUUUUCAAUUCUUCCUUUUAUGGCUUUAUGAAUUAUGAUCUUUCUUAAGUUUUUUGUUAGUUGUUUGCCUUUGCUCAAUGUAGGAACUAAUUAAUUUCAAAGUUGCUCGUUUUUGUCAUAUGGUUGUCUUGAAAAUGACUGGUAGCUGUGCAUUCAUUUAGUUUGUUCGUCCUUAUUACAAAUUCACAAGUGGUAUAGUACUUUCGCAAAUAUUCAACUACUCCUUAUGCCCUAUCUUUUACGCUAUCUGAAGAAUAUUGAUGGGAAAAUAUAAAUUUUUCCUCUCAAAUUGAUAUGUUAAUUUAUUAUCUAGGCAGUUGAUUUUUAGGGUGAAUCUGCAGGUUUUAGGAUGCUUGUUUGUAUAUGGGCAUAGAGAGGACAAGGGUGCUUGGAAAAAUCCAUGAUGUACUUUAUUUGAUACAUGUGAUUUCUUCUCAUGAUCGCAGGAUGUGUGACAGACCAGCUCAGAAACCUGCUUUGAGCAAAAAUGGUUCUGUCUCCCAAUGUUCAUAUGCUAAGGGGAUUUAUUCUGAUUCUGGAGCUCAUUCAGAUAUUUUGUAUGAUUCUCAAAGCAAAAACUCAUCCUUAGAGGUGAGGAAUUUUGAUGAAGAGACUGGUAGUGUUCGAUUGUGUGUUAAAAGCAGAAGCAGUUAUUCUAAUCCUUACAAGGUUCAACUGGAGCACGAGGUUUGUAGAUUACAAUGGCAGCUGCAAGAAGAGAUGGAAUUGCAUGCAGUUCUGGAAAAUGCUAUUCAGGAAAAUGAAAUACAACUCUCUAGUUCUUCACACCUCCCACACCACGCUCAGGAGCUUUUAUCACAUAUUGCAGUAUUAGAGGUUACAGUUUCGAAACUUGAGCAAGAGAUGGUAUCUUUACAUUUCCAACUUAGUCAAGAAAGAAAUGAACGGAGGCUUGCUGAAUAUCAUUUGAGGCGUAAACCUUCUUCGACAAUUUGUUUGUCCUCUUCUAACAUUGAGAAAAUACAGAAGUCAUCCAAUUCUGAAUUACAUCAUUCCUCAGAAGAUAAUUCAUGCCAAGGGCCAAGAGACCAACCAUCUGAAUCUACUAGUGAAUCAUCUCAUGCAAAGUCAGAGGUGGAGUUUGUGCAGACUGCAGUGGGUCCAUCUGUGCUUCUGGAUGGGAGGAAUGCAUCCACAAAGACUGAUGACAAUUCUUGUUCACCUGUAGAAACUAGGAAGCUUCCAAAAGGAAUGCCUCCUAAGGGAUUGUGGGAUUACCCUAAUCAGUUAUCAGAAGAGAUGGUAAGAUGCAUGAGAAAUAUAUUUAUGUCCUUAGCAGAUUCAGCUGUACCAUCCAAAUCAUCUGUGUCGGAGAGCCACUGCUCAACCCUCUCACCACGAGGACAUCUUUCCAAUUCAUCAUGGUGGUCAUCAUCUGAUCGCUCAAUUGUUUCAACAUGGGUACAGAGUCCACAAAUUGACAUGCAUAGCGGGUCUGAAGUUUUGGCAUCAGAGAAUUCCUUUGAUCCUUACAGAGUACGUGGAAAAUUAAGCUGGGCAGACAUUGGAAAUUAUGGAUUAGCAACAGAAGUUUCUUGGAUGUCUGUUGGGAAGAAGCAAUUAGAAUAUGCUUCAGGGGCACUAAGGAGGUUCAGAAUACUUGUGGAACAACUGGCCAAAGUAAAUCCUAUCCUCUUGAGCUGCAACGAGAAGCUUGCUUUUUGGAUCAACCUGUAUAAUGCACUAAUCAUGCAUGCUUAUUUGGCAUAUGGGGUUCCAAGAAGUGACUUGAAACUCUUCUCCUUGAUGCAAAAGGCGGCCUACACUGUUGGAGGGCAUUCUUUCAGUGCAGCUGCUAUUGAAUAUGCCAUUUUGAAGAUGAAACAACCAUUGCAUAGACCCCAAAUUGCUCUACUUCUCGCACUUCACAAACUAAAGGUAUCAGAUGAGCAAAGAAAGUCGGCAAUUGAUGCACAUGAGCCACUCUUAUCUUUUGCUCUCAGUUGUGGAAUGUACUCAUCCCCAUCGGUGAGGAUUUACACUGCCACGAGUGUUAGAGAGGAGCUUGAAGAAGCACAGCGUGAUUAUAUCCGAGCUGCAGUAGGAGUUAGCAGCAAAGGGAAGUUAUUGGUGCCAAAAUUGCUACAUUGCUUUGCUAAAGGCUUUGUUGACGAUGCAAAUUUGGCUGUGUGGAUAUCACAUUACCUGCCAUCAAAUCAGGCUGCUUUCGUUGAGCAAUGCAUAUCGCAAAGGCGGCAAAGCCUUCUUGGUUCUCGUAACUGUGGCAUUCUUCCCUUUGACUCGCGCUUUCGUUACUUGUUCUUGCCAGACAAAGGUUCACUGAUAUGAUGCUUGUCCAUACUAUUUUGUAUAUCUUUCUUGCCUUGGCCUGCAUACAUCAAAUCAGCUCAUACAACACACUAAAAGGUUCCACAGAGAAAUUAAGUUGCUUCUUCUGUGGAACUUACCCCUGCUAAAAAAAAUGGAGCUGGUUACAGUUUCCAUCAUUUUGCCUUGCAAGCUUAGUUGUAACCUUUCUUAGGUGUUGUACAUUUGUGUUUAUGAUUAGGAAGGAGUCAUACGAUGCCUUUUUGAUGAUCAAAUAAAAUGUGAAAAUGACA